AUGUUUACCGAACUAUUUGUACACCUUCUGGCCGGGUCGGGCCUUGUAUCCAGCUCGGCUGUCUCUGGUACCCCGGCCCAGAAACCCCUUAGAUUAUCUCAAGGGACUAUUUCACAACCUGGCUGGGAUUCAUCUCCAUCAGAAGACAGUUAUGACAACCACAUUUUCUUCCGCUUGGCGACACUACUCCGGCAUUGGCCCAACACGAGAUAUCCGAGUGGCUCAUCGAUAAUUCCCGGGAGCAUUCCCGUCGGUACCACCCUGUACUAUGGACGAGGCGACGCUGCAAUUCCAUCGGAGCCUGACUGGCUCGCUUUUGAUCCUGAACAUGCGACAAUAUUUACUGGGGGUUCAAACGGCCGCUUGUUCACUUUUGUCACCACGCGUUCCCUUCGCGUCGUUUACUUUGAUGGAGCCGGUGGAGCUAAACUACUAUCUGGAGCAUUGGACACUCAGAACUUGUUAGCUUGGGGACGUAUCAGAAAUCAAACAAUUUUUGAGGAGCAAGCACUGAUUAACGACCUGUGUCAAUGGGGAAAGGCGUUCAGCAUUGAUGGGUAUGUGAGAAUGGAGAUGGACUUCGAAAUCAUGUACUGUGAUUUCCAUCAAGGGAUUGAAGUUGUAUCCAGCUUGCACAUCCUUCCAACCGAGGGUGGUCAUGUGCCGGGUGAACCCCGGGAUGAAACCAACUUAUUCAACCGCUCUCUCACUUCGCCCUCAACCCGAUUUCGUCUGCGUUCCCUCGAGGAGUCUCGUCCACCUCACUGGAGAGGAGCGCUAUCCUCUUUGACGGAGCGUGUUUCCGAAAUAUUUCAAGCAGCAGCAUGGCACGGCCGAGCACCAGGUGAAGUUCGUGUGCGCCUCGACGUGGCUAGGCUCGUAACACUUUAUGAUCCGGCACUCCGAACCGGAACUCAACUGAGAAGAGGCCUUGAGAAGUGGUGUCGAUUGGCUAGCUUUGACGACCGUGAUUAUGGAUCGGUAUGGCUCUCGGCUAGAAUAUCUCCGGCUGCUCCUCAACCGGACUCCAUAUCUCCGAAUGCUACUGCCAUUGUCGAGGGCGCUCGCGCGCAGCUCAUGAUUAUGCUCAUGCCCGAUCUUACCCCAGACACCAUUCCAAAUGACACUGCACUAGCAGAUUCUGGAGCCGAAGCACGCUACUCCCAAACUUCAAUGGACAAAAGUCGGACUCAUGAAUGGGUCAAGCCCAUCCUGGAACAUUGCUCUUCAUACUUGGUUUCCCAUCUCCCACACAAGACUUUUACCCGCGAAGAACGGACAUUGUACGCGGGAGUGCAGGGCACGCUAUAUGAGAUAUGCAGAGUUUUAUCAUUACUUUGGUCUGAGGCAUAUGAUCCUCUGCCAGACACAAAGCCUACAGACUUGGUUGAUCGUUGGAGAACUCAGGUUGACAAAUUGAUGCAAUGGCUAGACUGGCCUAUGUGGAAUAAAUGCACGCCUGAAUGUGAUCUAGAUGUGAUCAAUAUGUUUUAUUCCGACCUGGCCAAUUGGGGUGGGAAGUACCCCGGGCAGAAAGGCGAAGAAGAUCUAACCAAGAUUGAUUGGACUCCUAAAUGCGUUCGCAAAAGUGACUGGUAG